GCAAGCGGACAAACGCCCCCGACCCCGCCCCCCCUCUCGCUCCUGCCGUCGCCCUCACCACCGUGAUCCGAUCAUACACGCGCGCGCCCUCGUCGUCCGCGCUUCCCUUCCCUUCCCGCGAGCAGGCCGAGGUAAGGGGGGAGAAUAGGAGGAGGGAGGCUAGGGCAGGAGGCGGCAUGUCCGGGGGAGAGGAAGGCGAGCGGCGCAAGGUGUCGCGCGAGGACAUACAGCUCGUCCAGAAUCUCAUCGAACGUUGUCUUCAGCUUUACAUGAACCAGAAAGAAGUGGUUGAAACUCUAUCUUUCCAGGCGAAAAUAGAACCCAGCUUUACUGAGCUCGUCUGGCAGAAACUUGAAGAAGAGAACCCUGAGUUUUUUAAGGCAUAUUAUGUGAGGUUGAUGCUUAAGAAUCAAAUAAAUGUGUUCAACAAGCUCCUUGCGCAUCAGUGUCGUCUUAUGAAUAAAGAUCCUUCUGGAGCACUUUCAAUUACCCCUACUGCUCCUAAUGGCUCUGACUUGAGCACAUUGAACCAAAAUACAUGUUUUUUACAAGACACUACUAGCACUGCAAUUCCAGAUAGCUUCCUACACAAUGGAAAUUCUAGUGGUGUAAUAAAUGGCGCUCCUGCUACUGACCAGUUUAUCUAUGGUGGUAAAGUUGUCCAUGGUCUUCCUAGUGGUAUGGAUGCUUCAGUUAGUCUACUAUCAGCGCAUAAUUCGACUGGUGGACAGUUUAAUGGAGACAAUGGCACAACAAUAAAGGCAGAGUCUAGCUUUUCGAGCAAUCCAGAGUUUGCAUUCUGCAACGAGAACACUUACCUAGAGCCUUGCCAAUCAAUUGGAGAUGCCUCCGGUGGGUCCUUUAGUAGCUCUGAACUGAAUGGGCAACCACUUGGUGAUACAAUUCUUGACAUGGAUACAUCAUCAUAUGGUUUCUUGAGCCAGAUUCCUCGCAAUUUCAGUUUCUCAGAUUUAACAGAGGAUUUCAGUCAUAGUACAGAAAUAUUAGAAAAUUAUGGCAGAUCCCCUUUCAUCCCUUCUGAGACGAACAACUUCUCAGAGUCUACUGCUGGAGGACAUACAGUUUGAGCAGUGAUGCGCCAUUUGUACAGUGUCCUUUGGGCAGGCAAACCUCUAUAAUCAUUUGCACUGAACACAGCUAAUUUGCGGAAACUGUUCAUCGUUGGACUUGCGGUUCUGUGCUGUAGUAGAAGGGGAUGCAAGAAGCCUAUGUUCGCGUAUCCUUGCUGAUGGUAUUGUAGAAGCCUUCUAUAACUGUUUCAGUUACUUGAGAUAGCAUUAGGUUUGGUUGGAGCCCCUCCGUAUGCUGGUUGAGUUAUCAUCUGUGAGAAUCUUGUAUAAAGAUUGUUCUUAACUGACGCACUUGUUCCACUUCCAUUCGAACUGAAGAUCAUUAGUGACCUCCUUUUAUGGUUGGUAAGUUUUAUUUUCA